AGCCAUCAUCAGAUCGAUCGAACACUAUGAUAUUUUACAGUAUUCUAGCAGUAGUGAGUAUUCCUGUGGGUUUCUUUGUAUGGGGAAUGCUGGAUUGGGUAUGGCUUAAGCCCAGGAGGCUGGAGAGGUGCCUUAAGAAGCAAGGUCUGAAGGGUAACCCCUACAGAAUCCUCCAUGGAGACAUGAAAGAAAGUUGCAGAAUGAUAAGUGAUGCCGUAAACUCCCAGCCCAUGAGUCCCUCUGACGAUGACAUUGCUCCUAAACUCCUUCCACAUUUCCUUCAAAUCAUCAGCAAAUAUGGCAAAAGCUGCUAUUUAUGGAUGGGUCCAACUCCUAUGGUGUUCAUCAUGCAUCCUGACUUAAUAAAAGAGGUUUUGAAUAAAAACUAUCUCUAUCAGAAGCCUCACACCAACCCACUAUUAAAUAAGUUGGUCCAGGGAAUACUUGUUUACGAGAAUGAUCAGUGGAAAAAGCAUAGAAAGUUACUCAAUCCAGCUUUCUAUACUGAGAAGCUAAAGUUAAUGGAACCAGCAUUCAUGAUAAGUUGUGGUGAUAUGGUGAGCAAAUGGGAAGGGAGAGCCUCACGCGAAGAGCAUUGCGAGGUGGAUGUGUGGCCGGACCUUCAAACCAUGACAAGCGAUGUCAUUUCUCGAACCGCAUUCGGGAGCAACUACAAAGAUGGAAGCAGGAUAUUCGAGCUCCAAACAGAACAAGCCAUGCACAUCAUGGAAGCUUUCAACGAAGUUUAUGUACCUGGGUGGAGAUUUGUGCCAACAAAGAGGAAUAGGAGAAUGCAUGAGAUUCAGAAGGAAGUGAAGUCAUCUGUUCAUACCAUUAUAGAGAAAAGGUUGAAGGCCAUGCAUGCAGGGGACACAAGCAAGGAUGAUCUACUAGGCAUAUUACUUCAAUCUAACUUGCAAGAAAUCGAGAAGCAUGGGAACAAGGGGGUUGGGAUGAGCAUUGAAGAAGUCAUUGAGGAGUGUAAGUUGUUCUACUUUGCAGGGCAAGAGACCACCUCUGUGUUACUCGUCUGGACUAUGGUUUUACUCAGCAAAUUUCAAGAAUGGCAAGCUCAAGCUAGAGAAGAGGUGCUGCGAGUUUUUGGGCGGGAUAAGAAGCCACAUUUCGAAGGACUAAAUGACCUCAAAGUUGUGACGAUGAUUUUAUAUGAGUCCUUGAGACUGUACCCGCCAGUAGCUUACUUGACUAGAAAGACGACCCAGGAGGUAAAACUUGGAGAUAUGACUUUGCCUGCAGGGGUGAUGGUGUCAUUACCCAUACUUCUGCUACAUCUUGAUACUGAUAUAUGGGGUGCAGAAGCUAAGGAGUUCAAGCCAGAUAGGUUCAGUGAUGGUAUUAUGAAGGCGACAAAGGGAAAGCAUGCCUUCUUCCCAUUUGGUGGAGGGCCUCGUAUAUGCAUUGGCCAAAACUUCGCUUUGGUAGAAGCUAAAAUGGCAAUGGCAAUGAUUCUGCAACGCUUUUCCUUUGAACUCUCUCCUUCUUAUGGCCAUGCUCCAUAUUCAAGGGCGACCACUCAGCCAAAGCAUGGUGCUCCCCUUAUUAUGCAUAAGCUCUAUUGAUGGAGGGUCAAAACUUUGAUUUACAUGUUGUGUUAGCCCGUUUAAGUUUGUUCGAUGAGAGAUUCAUCUUUGAAUUAUCUCUGUGAUGUAUGUUCAUAACUCGUUAUCUCCAUGAAUAACAAAAUUACUUGUUGCUCCUUGAUAAGAUUAGUUUGCUUGG